AUGGAAAUUGAGCGUGGAAACAUUCUUGUGGCUGCACGUUUUGUAGUUCGAGAACUUCUCGACUACGUUUCGACUCACCAAUUGGCGGUGGUUAAUUAUGAUGUCGAAUGUGAGAAUUCAACAAAUCUUUCCACAAUUACUUCUCGUCUGCUGUGCAUAAUCGAAUGCGGAAUCUGUCAUGGACUAGCUCCUGCUGCCGCAAGGUCUUCGAAGCCUGUUACCUCCAUUCCAUUGCCUAACCCCUGGCCCAUAAUCUCUCACGCUAAUAUUGGUUGUCGGAGUUUAGUUGACAGCGUGUGUCUCUUUGACGACAUUAAAACCGGCCUUGGACGAACCCGUCUCUGGAUACGACACGCACUCAUGAGCAAUCAAUUAGGUGUGUUUGUACGGAGCCUGGUUGAACAGAAAGACGCCAAGAACAUUCCCUCUUACUACUUCAACUUCACCAUUGACGACUCACCAACCAAGCCCUCAAAGCACUUGAGCAUCUCAGACGUCUACAAAAGUGGCUCUCUCCUUACUUCAGACGAAGGCGUCAAUUUCGCACACCUCCUUUGUGGUCUGAGUGUCAUUGAUUUCUGCUUUGUACUCAAAGACAACUUGGCUUCACUCGACAGGCCCUUGGACGUUAUUGAUUACCGACCGUGCAUUAGACCGCUUGUGGACGCCUCCUCGCCUUGUGAACCUCCAUCCCAAACGGAGCUAGAAGCGCGUCUGUCGGCAGUGAUUGAGCAGAAAACGUAUCUGGAGGAAACGCUGUCAACCACCCAAUCACGCGUGGAAAAACUGACUGCAGACCUAGCCGAUGUGACCAAUCAGAAGGCAGCACUGGAGAGCUCUAACGCCGACUACGCAGCCAAGGUGUCAGAAUUGGAGAAUCGCAACAGCCGUCUGUCGAAUCUGCUCGUCAAACAGUCAAGGGAGGUUCAGAACGACCUGGAGCUGGUUCGGGAGACCUUUAAGCACUCCAACCUGUCUCUCGACAACCAGAACUCGGAGCUGGAAAAGCGACUUGCCGAGGAGAACAAACGGCGGUUGGAGGCUGAGGAAGCUCUUGUCAAAGAAUCCGAAGCCAGGGCCGACCUGGAGGCUAAACUUGCGCUCCUGCAGGUGACGCAUAGUGACAAUGAGGGUUUUCUGGCGGAACAACGACGUCAAAAUGCCGACCUCGUGGCCUUGAACAGGGAGUUCUCCCUCAAACUCAGCAACGUCACUGGCGAGCUCGAAGCAAGCCACAAACUCACCACUGAUCUUCAAGAAAAGAUUGAAGGCAUGUCCACCGUCAUCGGCACAAUGGACGAGAGGUUCACCGAGCUGAAGGAGUCGAAGUGCGCCAUGGAACAGGCCCUACGCGAGGCCAUCGACAGGGCCAAUCGAGCUGACCGUCUGUGUGUCCAACUGCAGACCGACCUCCAAGCCAACCAGGAGUUCACGCAGAACCUGCAGGCACAGCUUGACGAGGUCUGCACCGACUACGCCAGUGUGGCAGCGCUGCAGGAGAACUUGGACAGGAAAAGCCAGACUCUGCGUGAACGCGACGCGAUAAUAGCGGAGUUGCAGACGCGGUGCAGCGAGCAGGAGGCGGGUCUGGCGGAGAUGGCGGCGCAGGUGCAGUCGGCGCAGCUGCGCGCCGACCGCGUCACUGAGCAGCUGCGCCACCUCCAGACUGCCCAAUGGAAGCACGACGGGGAGGUGCACGCCUGCACCCAGUGCGCCACACCCUUCUCCAUCGCCCGACGCAAGGUUCGUAGUUGGGUUGUGUGGAACCCCACGGUGGCAUCUUUUGGACCGCCAGGGGGGGGAGGUAAGGGGGGUACCUCACGGGUCGUUCACCCUCUCGCGAACCCUCCUCGGACUCCCACCAUCCUCGAAAACCUGUAUUGGUUGGGUCGAAAUCGGUGCAUAGAGGUGUUGUAA